AAGUCCCGCCCCUUCCGUUUGGCGCCCGCUCCAUUUCCGGUCCCGCUGCCGCCGCCAUGUUCCUGCAGUGCUACACCAACGAGCGCGGGGAGCGCGUUUACACCCUGCGGAAAGUGUCCCCGGACGGGAUCCCCACACGCUCCGCACACCCCGCCCGCUUCUCCCCCGAUGAUAAAUUCUCCCGGCAUCGCCUGGCUCUGAAGCGACGAUUCGGGGUUUUGUUAACGCAGCGAGGCCAGACCCUGCUGUGAGGGACCCCAAAAAUCCGAGACCCCCGAAAUGAACCCGAGAGCUCCGGAGUGACCCUGAGACCCCCGGAGUGACCCCGAAAUGAUCCCGAGACCCCCGGAGUGACCCC